UUAGAAAGAAAUCCUAUCAAAACGUUACCCGUUGAGCUAGGUCAACUACACUGAAGGACGCUGAACCUGAGACACUGCCCUCUAGAAUUCCCACCUCACCUGAUCGUGCAGAAAGGCUUGGUAGCCAUCCUGACCUUCCUACGGAUCUGCUCGGUGGAUGCCUUCCCUGGAGACAAUCCCCUCAGGAAGUCUCCAACCAUUAAGAUGGUCUUCAGUGACUUUUCGUACCCUGUGCUGCCUCAGCCCCAUAAAAAGCACGUCAGUGAGAAGGCCUUAAGGUCCCAAGCCAUGAGGCAGCCCGCGGUGAAGGAGAAGGCUGACUUCUUCCCGCCUAUGGACAGGCUAGACCUGAGUGAGCUCCGCAAAUCCAGCGCCUCCUCCGAGAACUGGCCCAGUGAGGAGGAGAUCAGGCGCUUCUGGAAGCUGAGACAGGAGAUCGUGGACGAGAAGGUAGACAUUCUGAAGAAGAAGCUCUUGGCUGUUGAGCUGCCUCCAAAUCUCAAGGCAGCACUAAAUGCCAAGGAGAAAAGGCACCGGAAGCCAGUACCCACAGGCAGAAAGUCCACCUCCUUCAAAGGAAUCUUGCCCAACCUCCCUUCAGUGUACCAAAACACAAUGCGUACGAAAAGACUGGAUGACAGUCAUACAGCGACUCUCCGGGAACUCCAAGAAAAGGAGACACUGCUGGAGCAGCGGAGGAGAGACAAGAGAACUUUGCAGGAGUGGAGAGAGCAGACCCAGCUGAUGAGGAGCAAGAGGGAGGUCAAUAAAUUCCAGCCACCACAUAGGAACAUGAUGGCAUCAAAGAUCCCCUUUGCCACAGAUCUGAUAGACCAUGGGAAAACGCCAGCCAAUUCACUCGGGAAAAUGAAGGCCAGCAGAGAGAGGACGGUGCAGAGGAGUGUCAGCGCCUCACCGUUAGCAGACCUGGAGGAGAAGAUAAGGCGGCAUACACAGCAGAUCUGUGCUCGCAACUUUCUGGGUACCAACCCACUGCAAGACAUGAAGAUAGCCAACCAGGACCUGGAAACUGCCAAGGAACUUCAGGAGGAAUUAAGGAAACUGAAGCUGGAGAUGACCUUGAACAAGGAACACCCAUUUGCAACUCUGUCUGGGAACCUUUCGCUUCACCCACCAGCAUCACAGCCUCAAAAUAUAUUUUUUAACACAAAAUACUAGGAAAGUGGUGUUGUCAGCAGGGAUGACAAGUACCUCCCACAGUGCGGAGCUGCAGUCCCCCAUGUGGUGUGGGGAUUGGCAGGAGGGCAACUAGUGGGUCUUUGGCUGCUCCAUAGGCUGCGGCUUUUGA